CGGGGCGGCCGGGCGGCCGGCGGCGGUCGUGGCUCGGCGGGGCCCGCGCGGCCGGGGGGCUCCUGGGGGUGUGCGCCCCCAGCCGGCUGCCCUCGUGGAUGCCUCCCGGCGGCGGCGGGCCCAUGAAAGACUGCGAGUACAGCCAGAUCAGCACCCACAGCUCCUCCCCCAUGGAGUCGCCCCACAAGAAGAAAAUCGCGGCCCGGAGGAAAUGGGAGGUGUUCCCGGGAAGAAACAAGUUCUUCUGCAACGGGAGGAUCAUGAUGGCCCGGCAGACGGGCGUCUUCUACCUGACGCUCGUCCUCAUCCUGGUCACUAGCGGACUCUUCUUCGCCUUCGACUGUCCGUACCUGGCGGUGAAAAUCACCCCUGCCAUCCCUGCAGUCGCUGGCAUCCUGUUCUUCUUUGUGAUGGGGACCCUGCUCCGCACCAGCUUCAGCGACCCUGGAGUCCUGCCACGGGCCACGCCUGAUGAAGCCGCUGACCUGGAAAGGCAAAUAGGUAACACUGAAGAUAUCGCAAACGGCACCAGUUCAGGGGGGUACCGCCCGCCUCCCAGAACCAAAGAAGUCAUCAUCAAUGGCCAGACCGUGAAACUUAAGUACUGUUUCACCUGCAAGAUUUUCCGGCCCCCUCGCGCCUCCCAUUGCAGCCUUUGUGAUAACUGCGUAGAACGGUUUGAUCACCACUGUCCCUGGGUAGGCAACUGUGUGGGGAAAAGAAACUACAGAUUUUUUUAUAUGUUUAUUUUAUCUCUGUCUUUUCUGACAGUCUUUAUAUUUGCAUUCGUUCUCACCCACGUCAUUCUUCGUUCCCAGCAGACAGGAUUCCUAAAUGCCCUUAAGGACAGUCCUGCAAGCGUCCUGGAGGCCGUGGUGUGUUUCUUCUCUGUCUGGUCCAUCGUUGGCCUCUCAGGAUUCCACACCUACUUGAUCAGCUCCAACCAGACGACGAAUGAGGACAUUAAAGGAUCCUGGUCAAAUAAAAGAGGUAAAGAAAACUACAAUCCCUACAGCUACGGAAACAUCUUCACCAAUUGCUGCGUUGCUCUGUGUGGGCCAAUCUCACCAAGCCUGAUUGACAGAAGAGGGUAUAUCCAGCCCGACACGCCGCAGCCAGCAGCUCCCUCCAAUGGCAUCACCAUGUAUGGGGCCACGCAGUCACAGAGUGACAUGGCCGCGGCCACGCCCCUGCUGCAGAGUGAGCCUAGCCUCACUAGCGACGAGCUGCACCUCCCCGGGAAGCCCGGCCUGGGCACACCCUGUGCCAGUCUCACUCUGGGCCCGCCCACGCCGCCCGCCUCCAUGCCCAACCUAGCCGAGGCCGCGCUCGCAGACGUGAUGCCCCGGAAAGACGAGCACAUGGGCCACCAGUUCCUGACGCCUGAUGAGGCGCCCUCGCCCCCCAGACUGCUGGCAGCGGGCAGCCCCCUGGCACACAGCCGCACCAUGCACGUGCUGGGCCUGGCCAGCCAGGACUCCCUGCACGAGGACUCCGUGCGCGGCCUGGUGAAGCUCAGCUCCGUGUGACCCACGUGGCCCUGGGCCAGAGGGCACCAGAGGCUCCUCCACGAGCAGCAGGAGUGAGCAGAGGGGUGUGCCCCACGGCGACUUUCCCAGCCACUGCCACAGUGGAGAUGACGGCCCCAGGUCUGGGAUACAGAGACCACUUAGAAUGGCACAGGGCAGCCGGCCCUGGAUGCUGAGAGCCUGGUUUCAUUUGAACUUCCUUCCCCAACCUGAGUGCUUUGACAACAAUGAAAAUAGAGAAAUGGCUGCUUUCUUAUGAUGGGCCUGGGGACGGGGACCCUCCAGGGGUGGAAUUGGAGUGCAUCUGCCGUCCUUGUGAUAGACACAUGGAAGGCUUCUGACGCUUAUGGCCUGACUGCAAUUGCAUUUACGUGUUAUGCUACUAAUAUUUGAAACAGACAUGCCAUUCCAUUUGUUAUUAAAAACAAAAAUCCUAAAGGGAAGAGCCGAGCAGGUGUGGAUCUGCAUGCCAUGCUGCCGUCUGUGUUAAGUGGUGUUGCUGUUUCCAAGGAAGUGCUGCUUCCUCUCUUUUUUUAAUUUUGUGAAUUUUUUAGUGCUGUUUUGUUGGAAGACAGUGCAACGAACUGAGACUCAUGGACAGUGUCAUCACUCAGCUUAUUGGGCUGAGACAUCUGUGGAGAGGGGGCACCGGGGCUGCAGAGGGCAGCUGGGGUCCACCAUGUCGGGGGUCAUUUCACCUGCUUGGCCGCCCCAUGAGUUCAUGUGUUGAGGUAUUGCGUGAGGCCCCAGCACGGUCUUCACCUCCACGUGUGAUGAAACUUCCCGUGGACAGCCAAUAAAAUCACAUCCUCUGUUAUUUUGGAUCUGCGUAGUUAUCCUUAAUAACAUAAAUGAAAACAAAAUCAUCCAGAUGGAGAAAGCUUUUCUUGAAAUAUCCCUGGUGAGGAAUGGUUCCUGAACAAGCACAUCUUUGAACUGGGAGAUAUUUAUAGAAUGAUUUCUUAGAUAAAAGGUGAGCUUUCCAUCAUUAUUUUUCUUUAUCUCUUUUUGAUGCCAUCUUAGUGGAAUUGGCUCUAGGUUUGCUGUUUGCCGAGCAGCAGUUAAUCGGAAGUAGGUGGGGCAGGGGACACUCAGGGUGAAGGGGUCUGUUGGACGUCUUCUGGGCUUCCUUCUGUGUUAACGUGUCUCUGAAUCCCAGAAGCGCAACUUGAGGUCCUUGUAAAUGAGGAGGAGAAAUCGGCUUACAGUUUGGGCUGAGCUCAUGUAGGUUGUCAUCCUUCCCUAGACACUAAUCAGAAUGAAAUUAAGAAAAUGACCACUUUGUUCACUUUCAUUGAUCACCUAGAAGGGAAGGAGCUGGCUCUGGACUUAGGGAGUGUGUCACUAUGGAGGCGGCCGCAGGGGACACGGCACCUCCUCUCCCGACUUCUUUCCAGAUGAUAAAUCUAACUGCUAAGGCUACUCAAGUUCAAAGCCAUGCCCUUGCUCCUUAGAACCAUAUGAAAGACAACGCGCAUUGACCAUUGAUACAAGAAACCCCAAAUGGUUUGCAUUUAUGGAAAAAGGCUAUUUCUCCUGAGAAAGAGUUGCCAUUUUAUAUAAAAGAAAAGGAAAGAAGAUAGGAAAAAGAAAAGCACACGUUUUAUUUGGAAUGAAGGUAAUUCACGCCAAAAGGCCUGCAGAGUUCUUGCUGUGUGAGAUCUUCGAGCCAUCUUUAUUUUUCACACUGCAUGCACGCAUAGAAAAUGGAAUAGGUCCAUUCUAUGUAGUCAUCUUCAAUUUUCUGGACCACCUAACUACUUGUACCUGCCUGCAAUUUGCAACUAAUGGGGCAGUGCCCUCCUUACAACUCACAGGUAUCCUCCUUGCCCACGCUGCCUGUGAGCCCAAAGUGGCAGCCCCACAAAGGAGCUUCCACAACUUCCCAAACCAUCUCUGCUCCUUGCCCCCUUCCACCUGCUCCCCAGAGGCCCCAGGAAAGAGUUGGCCCUGAUGAGAAGGGUGCUCCCUGGGUGACCACAAAUCCGGCUCAGCUCUCAUUCUGGUCCCACGUGUGGCCCAGUCCAUUCCCACCUCCCUCCCCUGGAAGGCAAGGCCAUGACCUUCAGAGGCCCCGCUUCUAACACUUCCUUUCAGUGGUUGCUGCUGUGCUGUGACCAGCCCUUCUUCUCACCUCAUUAUGAAAAAAUCCCAGAAGCCAGGAUCACGACUCACUUGUCUUCACAUAAUGAAUGUUUACUUAAUAUUUAUUAUCAAUUUCCCCACCUCCAACCCUGUCCCUGGCACACACUUGGCUUCAUUUAUCCAGUAGGGGAUUGGGAAUUUUAGUGAAAUGAAUCCAGGCUUUUCAGGGUCAAGAGGGAGAUUAACUUGAAUGGGCCAAUUUGCUAGAUAAUUAAUGGCUUAAAAACCAAAACCAGAGAGAAGCCCAAGCUCUGUCCUCUGUGGCUUGAAAAAGUAAUCCAGCAUCAGAGGAAUAAGCGAUGAUACCGCCAGGGGUGCCCACUUCUGGGCAGGAGGGAUGGUCGGAGGGGUGGCUCACCCGGUGAGGUGAUGACUCUGCAUUUCCCACAAACAUAUGUGACAUGUACAUAAAUAUAUAUACUUAUGUUUAUAAAUGUUCAAUGGUUCCAGCUAGCUGUGGCUGAGAA